AUGUCAGUUUCUAUAGAUGAAGAAAAGUAUUCGCUUGUUCUUGAAUAUGCGGACUGUGGAACAUUAGGAAAAUAUCUAAGGGACGAUACUAUGACUUUUAAUUGGGAGAAACAAUUAAGGUUCGCAAAAGAAAUUGCAAGUGCGAUUUUAUGGUUACAUGAUGUUAAGGGAAUCGUACAUGGGGAUCUUGUGAAUAAAAUAUUUUAUUUUGGUCGUUCAUUUGAAAAAGGAAAGGGCUGUAAUGAUACCGGAGUAUAUGGUGUAAUACCCUAUGUGGACUCCAACAUGCUUAAUCGUUUAGGAGUAAUAUUCUGUGAAUUAACAAGUCGCUCAUCACCUUUCAAACUAUGA